AUGCAGACUUUCCGCAUGCUUCUUCAAGCUUACGUCCUUCAGGCCACACUGACUCACGCUUUUCCCUCAGUUAUUAAUGACACAAGAUUAGAGCAGCUUGCCAACUUGACCGAGCAAGUACCUCAAUGUAAGGAGCGCCCAAGCCCUCCAGCAGGCUCACCUCCAUUACUCAUUGACUGGGACUGUCGAGAAGCGAUAAACUCGAUUAGCCAAGAAUUUCCAGGCAACGAGCCAAUAACCGUCUACAACGAUCUCGUGCCGCCGCUUGCAACUCCUCGGAUUAGGGCUCCUUACAAAAAGAAAGAAGGAUCAUGUCAAGUCAUCAUCGAUCUCGCAGAGGGCACCGCAACCCGAUUCUUUCACCCAGACGACCUCAUUCGACUUCUAACUCGGUUACGUAGACGAUGCGUCAGUGAUAUUGAGCUGAUAUCCAUGGGUGGAGAUAUUGAGACACAACCCCACUGGGGGCUGUUCGCGUACCUCAGACCGUCAAGUCAGCCGUGGCCCGAUCCUCUUAAUGACGAUGGUGUUGUUGCGCUACCAGCUUCGGAAACCGAGUAG